GCCCCCCUCAACUUCUCUGGGUAGAUGUUCAAGCUAAUAUAUAACCAGGCGCCAGCAGCUCCACUUGAUCACCCCUCCCUCUUCUUUCCAUUCAAUCACAUCAUCGGUUGCCGCGCACACAGGGGCUCCUUGACUGCCUAACGUCAUAGUCACCAUCCUGGCCUGUAUAUAAAGGUCACAUACAUCUCCAUCAGAAAGCCAGUCUGUUCAUAUGGAUCCCAAGGUCGCUGUUGCUCUCACUCUGUCUCUCGUAGGCGGCUUAAGCACCUCCCUCGGUGCACUACUGGCAAUACUAAAUCAUGCCCCAAACAACAGAACACUCGGGAUACUACAGGGAUUUGCUACUGGGCUCAUGUUGAGCAUGUCCUUCUUUGACCUGGCUUAUGAUGCUGUUAAUGCAAUUGGUUUUCUGAAAGGCAACCUUUGGUUUUUUGCUGGAGCACUUCUAUUUUCAGCAAUAGCCGAUAUUUUCCCUGAGCCAGAAUGCAGCCCACCUGAUGAAAAUGAUAAAGAAACUGUUAACAGUACAGCACGGAAGGAACUUAUGAUGAGACACCGAAGAAGAGUCAUCUUUAGUGUAAUUGUCACCGCAGUUGUUGCUGGUGUGAGUUUGCAAAACUUCCCGGUGGGUACUGCAGCGUUUCUCGGAACCGCAAAGGGAUUUCGUGUUGGCCUUAACUUGGUUAUUGCUAUAGCUCUACACUACAUCCCGGAGGGUAUUGCUGUAGCUCUCCCUGCAUAUUUUGCCACUUGCAGCAAAUGGCAGGCGUUCAAACUAGCAACACUUGCUGGUUUUGCAGAGCCAGUAGGUGUAAUUAUCGUGGCAUACCUAUUUCCGAGCAACUUAAAUCCAGAAAUAUUGGAAGGUCUACUUGGAUUAGUGGGAGGAGUAAUGGCAUUUCUGACGCUGUAUGAGAUGCUGCCGUUAGCAAUUGAAUACGCUGGACGCAAGGAUGCUGUGAAAGCUGUAUUCGUUGGCAUGGCUUUUAUGUCCAUGAGCUUGUACUUCCUGGAAGUCAGUCUUCCAAAGGAGAUGAGUGCUUAAAAUUUCAGUCUAACCCAAUAAGUGAUAUGGGCAAAUGCAUCAUGGACUUGCAACAAGAUCUGGGCCCUCUCCGAUGACCUCCAGUUGCAAGGCUACCGUAGCUGCAAGAAAAUUAGAAGUCUCAAACUCUGACAAUGUACAUAACGAAUAAAACUGUACUUACUGGAAGAAGAAAAAAAAAGACUCGUAUGAUGUAAAUAACAGAAAGGAAAAUUAUGAGAUGAACCAUUGAUCUCCAUUUGUUACCAAAGAUAAUUGUACCUUGUGUGCUCCAACACAGUAUACUUUGAAAUUUACUUUAUGCAAAGGUUAAACCCAGUGACUUGCUAUCAGCUGUUGAUAUAUAUUGUUUUGGUAAGAGAUAGCAUAUGGAUUUAGGCCAAACUCAUGAGAUCCAGAACAUGUUUUUUUAUAGAUAAUGGAGGCGUUUAUUACCCCCGGCCCCUUCAUCAUAGAUGCAUAUAGCCUUAUUACUAGUUUAUUAAAUAGUGGCCAAACCAUGCCGCACCAAAAGCAGGGAGAGACCAAAACAUCAAAAUAAUCAUCCGAAGUAUGUUUGGAAGGCUGUAACUCAACUACUCAAGAACUUGAAUUAGUAUAUUGUAAGCGAUUUUACACUAGUGGGCUAUUGGCAAGUUCACAGAAGCUCUAAAGGGAAGCUUCGGUUUGGCUCUCAUUGGUUUCAGCAAAACUUAAAGCUAAAAUGAACUUAGACGGCAAGAGUGAAACGGUUCCAAAACUGCUUUGUUGAUAUUUCAUGGACACAAGCAGGCAUCAGGGCAGUCUCAGCCUCUUUAAUUGGCUUUCAUUUUUGUUUUCUCCGUUUAGUUUUUCCCUCACCUCCAUCCUCUUUAAGCAUUAACAUCAACGUUUUGUUAUGAAAAGCACAUAAUCAGUCUCUUUCACUGUGUUACCAUAAUCCCAGUUGGUUGGUUCUCUGAACUCUGAAGCUUGGUUGCUUGGUAUAAGCAAUUUGAUUUCCAGAACUAUCUUGGUUUCCACAUUAGGCUCAACAACCAACUUAAUUGAACAAAAAUAUUAUGAUUGGCCAACAUUUGGAAGUUUGGGGUAAUAGAAAAUCUCUAGAACACCAAGCAGCAAAAUAGUACUCCUCCAUUCACAAAUAUAAGAAGUUCUAACUUUUUUCUGAAUCAAAUGUAUAUAAACACGUUUUAGUGUGUUUGUUCACUCAUUUCAGUCGGUAUGUAGUCCAUAUUGAAAUAUCCAAAACAUCUUAUAUUUGUGAACGGGGGGAGUAGAUGGGAUCGAGGGACUUUCAAGUGCUACGACAGGCAAGAUUGCGUAAAAGAAA